AUGCACAACUCCUCAAGAAAUGUAAGCAACUGUUUUGAACGGCUUCGCUCUCUGCUCGUAAUUGGGAAAGUAGGAGAGCUGUACAAUUCAUCUGUAUCUUCGAUCUUAAGAGGUGGUUCUAAGUUACUAACAGUGUUGGACUUAAGUGGUGCUUCGUUGGAGACAUUCCCCCCUGAAGUUUCAAAAUUAGUUCUUCUCAAAUAUCUAAGCUUGAGGAAAACAAAUGUGAAAUUCAUUCCAAGAUUAAUUGGAAAGCUUCGAAAACUAGAGACCUUGGAUUUGAAAUAUACAAAAGUAACGAAGUUGCCUAUCGAAAUAGGAGAGCUUCGAAGACUUAGAUAUCUUGUCUGUGAUUAUGGGAUUGAAGUCCUGGCGGAAAUAGGGAAUUUGUCAUUCCUGCAAAAGCUUGGAACGAUAGGGGCAGACAAAGUCAAUGGCAACAUUAUAAUGAGAGAGAAGACGGAAAAAUCCUAUGCUCGUCUCUUGAAAAACUGGGCAACCUCCGUACAUUGCGUGUUGAUGCAUUUGAACAAAAAAUGGAAUGAGUUUGAGUUGCUUGAUCUAAAGACAUUAUCUUCAGGUCCUCCACUUCUACAACAACUUUACUUGAGAGGACAUCUUGAGGAGACACCACGUUGGAUGGCUUCUCUUCAUAGUCUGGUCUCGGUAAAUCUAGACAGGAGCAAAUUAAGGGAUGACCACCUACUGCAAUGGCUACAAGAUUUGCCAAAUCUCCAGCGUAUGUCAUUCCAAAAUGAUGCGUAUGUUGGGGAGGAAUUAUGUUUCAAGGCUGGAGGAUUUGAGAGUCUCAAAUAUUUAGGUCUUUUCGGAUUAAAAGAACUGAGAUGGGUGAGAUUUGAGCAGGGCGCCAUGCUUCAUCUUGAAGAGCUAAAAAUUGGGCACUGUGAUUUGAUGGGGUAUCCAUUUGGAAUCGAACAUCUAACCAACCUUCGAUCAAUUGAGCUAGAUGAAGUGGAUAAAUUAAAGCCUCAGAACUUGUCAGAUAGAGAUAGAGAUGAUGCAUGGGAUGACAACAAACUUGCACACAUCCCUCAUAGGGAUAUCUGGAGUUGCCACAGCACAUAA